UAACUCCGGAGCGGUCGCGCGAGACUCUGAGACUGUGCGAAGAGGAGCUCCACGAGGUCCCGCAGCGCUCCUGUCUCUGAAGAGCUCCGACAGUCACAGAGGAGACCUGCUGGAUCUCAGAGACCAGGACCAAGAGCGGGAUGGAGGAGGACAACCAGGACCCGGAGCCCCGGAGCAACAACGUCCCCGGAGGACAAACAGCAGGCUCGAGCUCUGAUAGCACCGAUGUUCAGAAACAGAGAGGAAGAGAUGGACUCAAACGUCACCGCUGUCAGCACUGUAACAAAUUCUUCGCAAGAGCUGGAUCUUUAAAGAUUCAUCAGAGAGUUCACACUGGAGAGAAACCUUACAGCUGUGACCAGUGUGGGAAAACUUUCAAUAUAUCAGCUCUAGUCGUCAAACACAAUGAGGGCUCUCCGCCCACCCUCACUCCUCUGCUGGAGGGAGGGCCCUGGAAGACAUGGGUCAGAGCCAGGCUACAUGCAUCUACUGAUUCAGCCUGGCUGAAUGAUUCCUGAACCACUUUAUUAAUGCCACUACAGCCUACUUCUGUCAAUAGAUCAGGCUUGGCCGUCAUCGCAAGACUUCAGGUGAUUGUGCUCAGGUGGAACUGGUAACCUCUGUCUCUGUUCAAAGAUGCAUCUGAGAACAGAGACAGAGAUUACAUCUCCACCUGAAUACAACCACCUGUUAUCAUGUGACUGCUGGACUAGAGUCAUGUGAUGAUGACUGAGGAGGUUCAGUUUGCUGAAGAAGGCCAUGGGAUGUGGUCAAAAGCUCCAACAAAGAGGUAGUAUGUGAGGCUUGAGUUUAGACUCAUUUAUUACAGAUGUGUUCCCCAAAGUCAAGAAGGAAGCUCCACGCUGGAUGAAAUAUUGUUUCUGUGAGCUUCAUAUAUAUUUUCUUGUUAUUUUGUUGUAGUUAAAUGUAUUUUCCACCUUUUGUGGAAUUUUCAUUUAAUCUUUAUUUUAUAUCGGUGUUCACUGUUUUUAUUUUCUUUUGUUUAUAAUUUAUUGUCAAUAUAUAUCAUUUAUAUGUUGUUGUUUUUUUACAUGUUGUUUUGCUGUUUUUGUACUCAUGUUUAAUUUUAUUUCCUGAAGUAUUUGGUAGAUGUGUCCAGUUGUGUUUUUGGGGUUGUAGCUUUGGUGAGUCUUUACCAUGUAUCUUCGAACAGGUAAAAGUCUCCAAGAGUUCUCAUGUGGGCCUUUCUCUGUCAAAUAGCUUUUCACCUGUAAAUGAAGUGAUUACUAGAGAGAUCAAAUCUAUUAGCUGUAUCUUCUGAAGAGUCCACUCCUCCUUCAUUAUAUAAAAUCUUGUGGGGUCCUGAAAACAUCAUCAAAACUGUUUGGCGUAAAAUCUCGGUCCCAUUAUGUUUCUCUUAAACAGGUAAUUUCUUGUUUCUUUAGUUACUUCACAUUUUUUUCUCCAGGUUAACUGUAUAUAGAGUAGUUGUGUAUUUUGAUCUGUUGUUAUUUUCUGAAUGUGGUUUUGAAUCUGUUGAGGUUUGUUCAGACUGAAAGCAAAACCAAUUCUAGUCGAAGCAAAGAGCCGCAGGACUCGGUACGCUUCAAACAAACUAGAUCAUGACGUCUGUUUAUACUUGCUCCAAAUAUCAACACUUGAAGACAGGGCAAAAAUCACAAAGUCCCACUGUUUAAGAGGCCUGAACCAGGUCCACUGGAUGCCUCUGGGUUUAACUGCUGUGUUUGAUCCAGUGUGUAGUGAGGAGGAAGAGGCGCUGAAUAAACAGGGACUACAAAUCAUCACUACAGACCACAUUUGUUUUCAGUCUGAACAAACCUUUGUUCUUGUGAAAGUCUGAUUGAAUCAAAUAUUAUUGUGUCUUCAUUAUCUGACUCCAUUUUAACAGCUGUUUGCUUUCUGUUCUGUCAGUAAAUGUGUUGCUUUCUGUUUAACUUGCAUCCUGCCAGGGUUGGUGCUGUAAUAAUCUGAGCUGGAGACUCGAGUCCUUUUCAAUGUUUUCAUUAAAUUAGUCGACACAAAGAGAAA